CCAUGGUGAGUGGAGAGGUGGUGAAGUGGGAUGUGGGAUGUGGCGUGCUGACAUGUACGCGGGGUAAACUAGGUAGCUAGCUUAGGGCUGAGGGCCGUCGGGGCAAACAAACACCCUAAACAAUCAACGGCAUGUCUAGUGAAGAGGAAUGGAACGCGCCCGGGCAGUUUGACCCGCAGACCGAUCCAGAGGAGCAGAGAGUCAUCCACGCCUGCCUGGACUCGUACCAGACGUACCGGCGCGCCGCCCACUACAACGUCACCCACACCCGGCGCCAGUCCUUCUACUCGCUGCCGUCGGCCCACUGGUCCCUGCUGGCAGAGGCGCCCUUUUCCCUGCUGGCCUCGCUGGACGCCGUCGACGACGCCAUAGACGCCAAUGCCGACGUCGCCGAGGCCAUUUUCCUCAGCAAUCUCCAGUCCAUGGGCGGCCAAGAGGGGCCAUGGUGCGGCAGAGCGACGCCCGGCGACAUGACCAAGGCGCAGAGCACGCUUCGCCAGAUGUACCGGGACUGGAGCGCCGAGGGCGCGGCGGAGCGAGAGGCGAGCUACGCGCCGGUGCUGGCAGCGCUGGAGGCCGAGUUCGCCAGCGUACCCGCCUCAGCGCGCGAAGGCGUCCGCGUCCUGGUUCCCGGCGCGGGCCUGGGCCGGCUGGUGCUCGAGACGUGCCUGCGCGGCUUCAGCGUCGAGGGCAACGAGAUCAGCUACCACCAGCUCAUGGCGUCGGCCUUUAUUCUGAACCACACGGCCCACGCCCGCCAGUUCGCCCUGUACCCGUGGGCCGACAAGUUCAGCAACCACGCCUCGCGCGCCCACCAGCUGCAGCGCGUCAUGAUCCCCGACGUGCACCCGGCCGCCGCCCUCGAGGCCUCGUCGGCCGACAAGAACGUCCACGCCUUUGAGCGCAUGAGCAUGGCCGCCGCCGACUUCUGCGUCUACUACAAGGAGCCGGCCAACGCGGCCGCCUUCGACGCCGUCACCACCGUCUUCUUCAUCGACACGGCCCCCAACCUCAUCGCCUACAUCGAGACCAUCCGCCACUGCCUCAAGCCCGGCGGCGUGUGGAUCAACCUGGGCCCGCUGCUGUGGCACUUUGAGAACGAAGCCCCGGGGAGCAACAAGGACGGGCCCGCCACCGGUGGCACCGCAAACCUGGGCAUUGCCGAAAGCGGCAGCUUCGAAUUGACCGACGACGAGGUCGUCCUGCUCGUCCAGCGCCUCGGGUUUACGCUCGAGAGGAGGGAAUCCCAAUCGCUGCAGACGGGGUACAUUAGCGAUCCGCGGAGCAUGCUCACCAACACGUACCGCCCCAGCUUCUGGAUCGCAAGGAAGCUGCCGGAUCAAGGGCCCGCGCAGCACGCUUAACCGACGUCCAUAGCAAUUAAUGUCCAUCACAUCACCACCGCCGUCAAGAGAGAUUCCCUGUCUAUCGAGAUAAUCAAUAGGAGGGCACUUUGACGCCACCUGCUGGUGGAAUUGUUUUAUUUCCGAGCCCGUUUUACAUCAUCAUCAUCAUCAUCUCGCCCACGACUCUCCCCAGCACCUUCCAAGUCCGGCCA